AUGUUUCGCGCAUUCUAUAGAGACAACCGUAUGGUCCCUUUGGGGAUUAUGCUGUUGACUUUUUUCAUCUUCGUCUAUCAUUUCGAACUCGACCGCCAGGGUCCACUGGGAGAGAUCCCCGCUGCGGCCGUUCCAGACAAGCUUGUCAUCGAUACCCCGCGAACACAUUCCAACCCGAUCGUGGAAAUCGUGGACUCUGUGGACGAAACUGCUGAGCAGUUGUCAUACCCUGCCAUUCCUUCUGCAAUCCCAUCCUCCAAACCGAAAGAACCCUCCAGCAGCAGCAGCAAGAGCACCAGCCAUUCUUUACAUUUACCCAAAGCCGUCAGCGCUGACGAUGUCGUCCUCAUGUUCAAAACUGGCGCCACAGUCUUGUGGAAGCGAGUCCCCAUUCAUUUAGCAACCAGCCUUUCUCCUAAUCGCAUCAAUCAUGACAACGUCCUUCUUUACUCGGACUAUCCCGAAACUAUCGGCGACUGGGAUAUCAUCGACGUCCUUGCCAACACCUCCGAAUCCGUGCGCAGCUCAGAGAACUUCAAGCCAUACCUUCAACAAGAAGACUAUGAAUCGCGCCAAAACUACGCCGAGAUGUCCAACGUACCCGGCGAUGCUGCUGGCCCUGCCGGUGGCUGGAAACUUGACAAAUACAAAUUCCUACCGAUUGUCCAACACGCGGGUUUGAACAAGCCAGAUGCCAAGUGGUACAUCUUUAUGGAAGAUGACUCCUACAUUUUCCUCCCCAAUCUACUCCGUCAUUUGGAACGGUUCGACUACAAAGACUCAUGGUACCUGGGUAGCCUGGCCUGGAUCCACGGCGACUAUUUCGCCCACGGUGGUUCCGGCUUUGCCCUCUCCAGAGGAGCAUGGGAACAGAGCUUCGGAAAAGAUCCUAAGAUUGUGGAUAAAUUCCAGGCCUUCACCGAAGAGCAUGGCUGCGGAGACCACAUUCUUGGGCAUGUUCUCAAGGAGUACGGCGUGCAAUUUGGCGAGACCUAUGAUGAGGCUCGUUUCCGAUAUGGAUUCAAUCCCGAAUCGCACUGGUCUACAUGGUUUGAACAGGCCAAUUGGUGCUCCCCUGUCUAUAGCUGGCACCACACCCACGGGAAAGACGUGGCCCGAUUCUACAACCUCGAGCAAUCCUGGGACUUUGAACAGGGUCCUUUGAGAUUCCGUGACGUUUUCAAGGCGCUGGUCGCCCCAUACCUUCAUUCCCGGGUGGAAUGGUGGGAUAACUGGUCCUCAAAGUAUGAGAUCCGGUCAAACAACGCCAAAGAUGCGGAGCCCCCAAGCUCGGUCAAGGGAACAGAUACCUGGCGUAGUGCCUGGAAAUCAGUAGAUUCCUGUGAAGCGGCUUGCAAAUCUUGGACUGAGUGUGUUCAGUGGUCUUUCUAUGAGGACCGCUGCAAGAUGGAUAGUAUGGCUUUGCUAGGUAGUGGAAUUCCUGAGGGUGACUCUCGCCGCCAAACCACCUUGCCUUGGGUGAGUGGAUGGCUAUCUGAACGAGUGGAGAACUGGGAGUGCCAAGGAUAG